AUGAGUAGAAACAUUGCUCGUUCAGCGCCUCCCUCGGCUGGACCGAGGCCGCUCUUUGGUGUUGAGAUUGAGAUUUUCGUGCGGCUCCUCCCGCAUGUCGAGAACGCCAUCGACGAAGCGUCGCUCAGGGACCCGCGCAGCUUGCCCAGUUAUUGGCGGGAUUGGGACCCUACGCUUCCUAACAACUCGAGGGACCUCGGCGCCAAGCAGGACCAGCGGGAAUGUGUUGGCGCCGCCAUCAAGGCAAUCAUCGACGCUGCCCUAGGCCCAAGAAAUGGUUGGAAGUGCGAAUCCGACGCCAGUUUGAAGGAAUAUAAACUCACAGAGCCGCCUCACCUCCGCAAGUGGUGGGGUAUCGAGAUCAUCUCGCCGCCCAUGUCGUCUAACAAGCAAUGGCAAACCGAGAUCAAGACCAUCUUCGACGUUGUUGGCGAGUCAUUUGACUUCUGGACCAACGAAAACUGCGCCUGCCACGUCCACGUAUCUCCCGGGCCGACAAAGAACAGCACCUAUUCGCUCACCGACCUCAACCAGAUGGCGAAGGGCGCCUUUUUCUGGGAGGACGCCCUCUGUGAUCUCCUCCCGCCCGAGCGCCGUGUCAACCGGUACGCGGACCCGAACUACACGUACUUCUGUCACCAAGAGUAUCUCGAUGUCCCUCGCGAUGGUUGGGCACCCAUCUUUCACGAGCUCGAUGCGGUAACAAGCCAGGGCCAGGAUACCUUCCUUUACCAUAUGAGAGGCGGCGCCAACCAGACCCGGUACAUCUCGACCAGCUUCGAUCCCUUCACCAAGUACGGGACCGUCGAGCUUCGUCGCCAGGCUGGCGCGGCCUCGGCUCUGACCGUCAUCCACCGUGUGCUCCUCGCCCUCACGCUGCACGUCAGCUCAAUGAACUACAACUUUUCGGCAGCUGCGCGUCGUAGAGAUUACCCACACGGCGACGAACUUAUCAGGGAGCUCAGCAGAUGCAUCAAACUGCUCCCGGAGACAUGCCUCGGCUCUCGCUUCCAAAAUUGGCUGAGGUUCUGCCAGGAGAGCUACGAAGACGGCCAAGCCUUCCCCGAGAAGGGCAUCAACAAACAAGAGCGCAACCUGCGCAACGGCGGCGACGUUCCCACCGCCGGACGAGGCGGCGGCGGCGGCGGCGGCGGCGGCACCGCCUCCCCCGCCCGCGGCCCCUCCCGGCAGAGCGCCGGGCGCCCUACCCGUCGCGACGCAGGUCCCCCCGGAGGCUGGCCGGGCGACUCCCCCACCUCAGCCCCGCGCCCGCUCGCCCGGCAGGGCACGCGCAUGAGCCGCGACGAUUCACCCCCGCGCCGCCCCCUCGCCCGCCGCACGCGGGACCCAUCCCGCCCCCCCGCCGCCCGCGCCCAGUCCCGGGCCCCGGCCGCCCGCGCCUCCUCCCCGCCCCGCGCGCGCGUCCGGCAUGUCCCCGCGCGCGACGAGUCCCCCCCACGCCGGCCCCUCGCCCGCACCCGCACCUCGCGCGUCCCGCCCGCCGAGUCGUCCGGUCGUCGUCCGCUGCGCGGCGCAGGGCCGAGGAGGGCUACGACGGCGACGAGGAGGUACGACUAA